AUGCCAGAACAUUGCUCCGCGGCUUUUGGAUGCCCUCAAGCCCGUGGAAACCUCAGGAGGUUCAGUGCAGGCGUCUACAACUCUUGUCGAUUGGAUGCGGACAUCAGAGGAGUCUCCUCCAUUGGCGACAACUUGAGCCCUUCGACCGAGUUGUGUCUAGGCUUCGAGUUCGAGAGGAUCCAGAUCUAUCGUAUGAUGAGUCUUGGUGGAAAGCUUGGCCAUACAUUCUUAGUCAAGCCUUCACCCUUGCGACUCAGCAAAGGGAUGACGGUGGGUUCCUUCAUGUCCCGAAAUCUCAAUCUACUGGUCUGCAAGACUGCAAUCCAGCGAAAAGACACUUUGGCCCGACUCGCAAUGAAAAUUGCGAACGAACAGUCUAACAAAAAGGAACAGUCUGGACUAAUAUUUGGUUCAUCCUUCUUCGAAGAAGGACGAACCGACUAUUGUGGUAGAUUUACGCCUUGGGAGAUCUCCGAGAGCCGGAAAUACUACUACGAACGCGGCGAAGCACUUCAUCGCCCCGCUCGGGGGGCGCAGCCGCGCAUGAACUUCGUAACACAAAUUUAUGUCGAGAGCCUGAGGGUCAUCCUGGAGGCAGACAAAGAUUUUUGUGAUGCUGGUGUUGGAAACCGUAAGGAGUGCAACGCAGCACAGUCAAUCAUGGGAGAAGAUUGGCUUGACGCCACGAAUGCAACGACUUUGAGCCGAACUAUUUUAAAUAACCUUGGACCCGUUCAUUUCAAAAUCCCUGAAAUCAAGGAUGGCCUCGGCGCCCAGGGGAUGUCAAGCAAGUCUGAGCAAAUGUCGCCAGUAUCGAAAUCGGUUCAUCGACGGCGUGUUGAGCGGGAUGACCCGGCCCCGGCCCCCGGCCCCCCUGCUCUUCAGGAACAGGAAACGCCAUCCGCUAGUAGUGCUGCAGGUACGGCUUGGCUCAGCCAACCAGCGCCCACGUCCGGGAUCGCGGCGAUGGAGAGUCAGGGGCUUGAAACAACAAAUCAAGCCAAAUUUAACAACCCCUGCCUUCAUCCGAACAACCAGCUCCAACUCUGUGCGGCACGUCAUCAAGGUCCGUGGAUGAGGAAGAUGGAUCAUGGAUCAUGGAUCAUGGCUCGCCUGCCCGUCCCCUCCCCUCCCCUCCCCUCCCAGUCCCAACUCCCAGCCAGCCAGCCAGCCAGCCAGCCAGCCAGAGCUGCCACUCGGCCUGUCACUCGCUAUCGGGAUUUGCCUAUCGCCAGGUUGCAGUCGCGAUAA